AUGUGUAAUAAAGGGUUUCAAUGCUUGAGCGAGUCUGAGACUGUAAUUGAUUAUCGACAAAACUUUAUUAUCAUGGAUAGUCCCACAGCCGUUCGAUCUCCGGCCACCACGGCUGGUUCGGGUUCCGGUUCGAACGAGGACGGUCGGCGUGUUAAAUUUCUAUGUAGUUUUCUAGGUAGUAUAAUGCCUCGUCCGCAAGACGGGAAGUUGCGGUAUGUUGGUGGUGAGACAAGGAUUGUGAGUGUUUCGAGAGAGGUUAGCUUUGAGGAGUUGAUGGGGAAGAUGAGGGAGUUAUAUGAAGGUGUUGCUGUGUUGAAGUAUCAACAGCCUGAUGAGGAUCUUGACGCACUUGUGUCUGUUGUUAAUGAUGAUGAUGUGGUUAAUAUGAUGGAGGAGUAUGAUAAGUUGGGUUCUGGAGAUGGGUUUACUAGGCUUAGGAUUUUCUUGUUUUCGCAAUCGGAGCAAGAUGGUUCGCAUUUUAUUGAUGGGGAUGAUUCGGAGAGGAGGUAUGUGGAUGCGUUGAAUAGUUUGAAUGAUGCUUCUGAGCUUAGGAGGCUGCAACAAAUGGAGUUUCCGAUGAUUGGUACGGUUGAGGAUAUCCUUGUGGGUGAUCAGUUUGGGAAUCCGAUGGGUUUGGAAAAUGGGAUUCAUAGACAGAGAAGUGGGGAAAUGGCCAUGUCACAGUAUAAUUUGCAUCAUAUAGGUAUUCAGCUUCAGCAACCUAUGGGACAGAGGUAUAAUGAAAUUGAUGCUCAGUGGAAUCCUGGUUAUUACUCUCCCAGGCAUCAUGGUCUUAGUCAUCAUGACUCUAGAUCGUCAUUGGUUGAUUAUCCAUCUUCUCCAUCUGCAACGAGAUACCGUAUGCCGUUUCCUGAUAUACCAGAUAAGGGAAUUGAUAGAGUGCCGGAAGACUAUGCUCGGCAUCACGGAAAUCACCACCAUCCUUUGUAUGACAAUCAGCCGCAGUAUCCUGAGAAUGUUAUGUGGCUGCAAACUGGGGCAGCUCUUGGUGAUAAGUCUGGUUUUCAAGGCAACGUUUUUCAUAGUUCCCAUGGCCAUGAUGGUAAUAAUAUAUGUGAGCACUGUCGAAUGAAUUUUCCGAGAGCUCAACCACAUUUGGAGCAUCCUAAUAUGCCUCCACCUGUUUCCGUUCCAUGUCCAGAAUGCCACUCAAGCAGGGAAGCUCUCACUGUGAAUGUUGAUGCCAAGUUACAACCUUCUAUGUAUCCCAAUGAUGCUCAGAAUCAUGAGAGGGCUUGUGGUCUGCAGCAUCAGAGUUCUGGAAGAGUGUCUGAUCAUUAUGUUGGUGAUGUUCCGAUCCUUAAUUUCCCUCCUGGACAUGGUAGUUUGAUUGACGGGCAUGCUCUUCCUUCCAGUCAUGUUCACCAACAGGUUGGACCUGAAUUGGGGGUUGAACUGUUCCCUGACCAAACCAUGUCUGCUAUGCCACGUCUAAAAAUUCCUCCAUUGGAAGAAUCCAGUGCGCAGUAUGGAAAUGCACCGUCUACUUAUGGAGUAGAUAAUAAUUAUGCCAUGCCUCGUGGACCUGCACCUGGUUAUACUCUUUGGACAAAUGGUCCAACUCCAGUUCAUAUUGGACCACCAUACGAGGCAACGACUCUACAUCAGCCGGUUGAUGGUGUGACAAAUGCCGGACUGUUCAGAGGAGAGGGAAGACCAGGUUUUUUCAUUGGAACAGAUAGUCAAAGUCCUAGGGUUGAUUCGUCACAGAAAUUUUCUGGUCAUGAUGGGUCAGCCAUCCCAGAAUAUCCUUAUGCAAAUGCUCCGAAGUUAAAUCCAAUUCCCACUGGUCAGGAAAUUCAACACCCAAUAAUUGAUGAUGCCACCAUUCAUCCCCCGCACGACAGAAAUGCUGGUACAUGCUUGGAACACGUGCAGCUGCAAAAAUCUUCGCUUAAUAUCAUUCACAAUAACGAGGUUUUAAAAAAUGGUGCUCAUUUGACUGAAGUGGUGAUGGGUUUGCAAUCUAUAAAUUUGCUUGGAGAAGGAAAAGAGGCCAAAAGUGAAGACAAGGUUGAAAACUUUAAUAUGCAAAGGGUAUCUUCUCGAGAUCAAAAUCAAGUUGUUGAAGAUGUAUCCAUCACUGCUGCUGUUAUUGUUGAGUGUAAUAAUUCAUCCUCGAAACCUUCAUCAGAGUUUGGACUUGUUGAGAAACUGGUUGAUAAGGACUGUUCUGCUCCCGGAGAUUCUCAGCAUUUAGUUGAUCAAUUCAAUAUCUUGCCUGAGUUAAUUGCUUCUGUUAAAAAGGCUGCAUUGGAAUGUCAUGAUGAGGUGAAACCUACAGGUGAAGAGCAUGCCAAUUGUCAGAUGAACAAUUCGAAUACCAAAGAAGAAACAGAAAAAGAAGUUGAGCCAGUGAAUGCUCUCGGUGAUUUAGAAUUAGACACUGAAAAUGACCAUGUAGAUACUUCUAAAAUCGAGCCUACAAAAGCUGAGGCAGAAGCCGUUGCUAGGGGAUUGCAGACUAUUAGAAAUGAUGAUUUGGAGGAGAUCCGCGAGCUAGGUUCUGGAACUUAUGGGGCUGUUUAUCAUGGGAAAUGGAAAGGUUCUGAUGUUGCCAUUAAGAGAAUAAAAGCCAGUUGUUUUGCUGGAAGACCAUCUGAAAGAGCAAGAUUGAUUGCAGAUUUCUGGAAGGAGGCAUUGAUGCUUAGUUCAUUGCAUCAUCCUAAUGUUGUCUCCUUUUAUGGUAUUGUUCGUGAUGGCCCUGACGGGUCUUUAGCAACAGUAACAGAGUUCAUGGUUAAUGGAUCUCUGAAACAGUUCUUGCAUAAGAAGGACAGAACGAUAGAUCGUCGGAAGAGGCUCAUUAUAGCCAUGGAUGCUGCAUUUGGCAUGGAGUAUUUGCAUGGAAAGAACAUUGUGCAUUUUGAUUUGAAAUGUGAGAAUCUAUUAGUCAAUAUGAGAGAUCCACAAAGGCCUGUCUGCAAGAUUGGUGAUUUGGGUCUAUCAAAGGUUAAACAACACACACUAGUGUCUGGAGGGGUACGAGGAACUUUGCCAUGGAUGGCACCCGAGCUUCUUAGUGGGAAAAGCAAUAUGGUGUCAGAGAAGAUUGAUGUUUACUCGUUCGGGAUAGUCAUGUGGGAGUUACUCACCGGCGAUGAACCUUAUGCUGAUAUGCAUUGUGCUUCAAUAAUAGGAGGAAUUGUGAACAAUUCUUUACGUCCUCAAAUCCCGACAUGGUGCGAUCCUGAGUGGAAGUCUCUAAUGGAAAGCUCCUGGGCUUCUGAUCCUGUAGAAAGACCAUCAUUUUCAGAAAUUUCCAAGAAGCUGAGGACUAUGGCUGCUUCAGUGAAUGUGAAAUAG